AUGCAUGCAAAGAACACGGAUCGCCCGCUUGCAGCGAAUGGUUGCUGUUUCCCGCUUGGAAUGGAAGAUAGAAGCAUUAACCCGUGCUCAAAUUGCUACAAUGUCAACCUUCUCAAAGAAGCGCUUGCAGAGAUCACAGUGAUCAAAGCACCAGGCUUGGAGAAUCCUGCAAAAUCAGAUGCUCAAACAUCCAUGGCUUCGGAUAUAGCCGCCAUUGUUAAGGAUUCUGGGGGCGUGAGGAAGAAGAGGUGCAAGAACUGCAAAAAGAAAGUGGGGUUGACAGGGUUCGAUUGCCGGUGUGGGGACGUGUUUUGUGAUCGAAUGCAUAGAUACCCAGAAGAGCAUGCAUGCACCGUGGAUUUCAAGGCUAUUGGAAGGGAGGUUUUGGCCCAGCAAAAUCCGAUUUGCAAGGCCAACAAGUUGCAUUGGAGGGUUUAG